AAGGGAUGGAGCGAACCGGAAAUGUCACUGGGCUGCUAUGUAUUCCCUUUGUAAACACAAUGCAACAACCAGACGAGCAAGUUGUCUGGACCACGGCUAUGUUAAUAUCAGAUGUUCGCACCCUUAAAAGCACGAAUGUAAGUGUUAGGAAUUCGGGAUGUCAGCAUUACCCAUCCACCAAGACCAACCAACGCUCCUAACGCCUUACCAAGCAGUUCACUGACACAAACCAAUCCAUGACUGUCUUAUGAUCAGCGGAAUUAACCCAGGCCGUUGCAUCUUUUGUUAAGAGUCAUUGUUGGAUAUCAAUAUCGCAGAGCAGACCUCAUAAACAUGUUUUGAAGUGAAAUUGCUCUUACGUGUGUCAGCUGUUUCAAAGGUCUACACAACACCGGCGUGUAUACAAAUGAAGUUGAAUAUUUUGACACGUGCUAUCGCCAUGGGGCAUUGUCACGCUUAACCUGCAAACAAUUAUUGCAGUUUGGCGAGGUUCCGCCAACUGACUCCAUGUCUGUGGCUGUGACUUACUUCCGGUAAUAUUGUUGUUAUUAAAGUCGUAUAUCAGUUAACAGUUUAAUCAUCAUUACGGUUGGAUUACAAUCGUCAGUGUUAUCGGUGACCUCCAAUCGUCAAUGUUACGGGUGGAUUACAAUCGUCAGUGUUACGGGUGACCUCCAAUCGUCAUUGUUACGCGCGGCCUACAAUCGUUAGUAGUGUCAAAUUGUCAGCUCAUUCCAUGUCUGUUUUAAAGAGACUUUGCAAUGAGGACACGUGUAUGGGCGUCCGCGACUACAAGACAAGAAACCAGUUUCGGGUGUCAAUAUUAGAUCUUCCCCGUCGUAACUCACGUCGCUAGGUACAACUGUGACAGGAGGACAACAUGUACUGAUUCAAGGACUGUGGUUAUCACCCGUGUUUAAAGGUCAUCCUCCACUUCAACAUGCUGUGCCGGUACGUGAGUGUGCUGGGGAUCAUCCUGGUCGUGUACCUGUGUCUCGGGGCGCUUGUGUUCCACUACAUCGAACACCCUAAAGAGGCCGAGGUCAGGGACAACCAGCUCGGCUCCAUCAAAGAAUUUAUGUCUAACUACAGCUGCCUGUCUCCUGCUGAGUUGGAUCUGUUCAUCCUGAACAUGAUGGCAGCCUAUGACCAAGGCGUCCUCGUCACCACCAACACUACCUCUAAGGACAACUGGGACUUCUUCAGCUCCCUCUUGUUCUCGCUUACCAUCGUCACCACCAUUGGGUACGGCAACAUGUCCCCGGUGACCCCCGGGGGGCAGGCCUUCUGUGUGUUCUACGCUCUAGUUGGAAUACCCUUGUGUGGAGCUUUCAUCAUCAACGUGGGCGUCAAGCUGCAAUUUCCCUUACGGAUAAUCUUGGAGAAACUGUGCUUUUCAAAACUUCAAAUCUGCAAGAAUGGCAUAUGCGUGCUAGUUGGACUUCUAAUGUGGUUAUUCAUACCAGCAACGGUAUUUUCGGCGGCUGAAAAAUGGACAUACGGAGAGUCACUGUAUUAUUGUGUCAUCACCAUGACAACAGUUGGUUUGGGAGACUUCGUGCCGGGUCAACAGGCCAAGGAAUAUCGGGAGGUAUAUCGGGUCCUGAUGGUGGUGUGGAUUCUAAUGGGUUACGCAUGGCUUGCAAUGCUACUCAGCAAGAUGACAGACACAGUCGUUCAGGUCAACAACACCAUCGAACAUAAAAAACGAUCGACGUCGUCUACUGACGAAGAUGGCGAAUGUUGUACAACCACUGAGAAGGGCACGAAAGAGGUGAAGGUCAAGAAUGAGGUCAAGGACAUGAAAGAGGCCAAGGAAAUAUCUAUGAUCAGCACCAGUUUGUAGUAAGAAGACACCGGAAUAUCAAUCUGAUAAACAGUUUCAUAAAAGGAUGAUGACCUCGAGAAUCUUACAAACUUAAUAUUUGACCCUUUUGGGGUCAGAUCAUACUGUAUGUACAUAUGGUGGCGCUAUUUCGUACAAAAGAUGUUGGUCCCCCUAACAUGUGAAGACACACAUCAACACGACUGCAGUGUCAACAAACCAUUACCAUGGCGAAUCUAGGACCAGCACACAAUUGACAGUAUGCACUUCAUAGACCAACGAGAGUAAAUUGUGGUCUAUGGUCUUCCCCGCCGUGACGUUGCUGGAAUCAUACCAGAACGACGCUGACUCACUCACUCACUCAACGGUUUUUCACAUGGGUCUGUUACGGCUAUAGCGAAACAAGGUCCUUAAAAGACGUAAAUGACAUUGUUUACAUGUGUUGUAUUGGACAGGUUUUCAGGAUCAGGUCACCCUCGAACCAUUUAAAAGACACACUAUAAGAGUGGUGCGGACUUUCCAAUCGACCGAGGCGUAUCACUGCCACUCAGUUUCACCCAGUUUGGGACGAUCCUAUCCUGUCAUGUGUUGAGGUUGUAGUAAGAGAGGAGGACUUAAACAAAGUAACCGUAUGUGGGUAUAGAACCUGGUGAGCCAGUGCAUGUAUGUGAUGUGUCCACAUUUAGCAGUCACGGUCGUCCGACUCCUCACUCGUCCGACCAGGCGACCCUCGACGUACCAGGCAAGUCCAGGCUUAAAUCGCCUAGGACAACAUGGAACGGCAAAACGGUUAGGUACCUAUUGAAGGGUCCGCCCGAACGCAUACAAUAUUCAUAUCGGUAAUGAUUAAACAUUCUUCCCAUCGACGAUAUUUCCUAUUAUCGGUCUUUUUAACGGCCGUUCUGGACACUGCGCUAAUUUUCUGUUUUCAUCUUCUGUAGCUGAGUGUAUUGCCACGACAGUAAAAAUGAUGUGAUAGGGACGUAUUGUUUUCCAUGUACCUAUGUCCAUAGCGAAGUGCUCUCCGUGUCAUCUGAAUCAAAACAAACAAAUAAAAUGAAUUUUUAUUAUUCCACAACGG